AAAAAAAAAAAAAAAAGAAAAAAGAAAAAAAUGUGGGAUCUGAACGAUUGUCCGGAUGAGAGGAAGGAGGAUGAAUCGGAAGGGUGUUGGUCAGCGAAGACUUGGAUUGAGGGAGAGGGGGAAGAGGAGAAGGGGAAAAGAGUGGGAUCCGUUUCAAAUUCCAGUUCUUCCGCGGUGCUUGUGGAGGAUGGAUCCGAUGAAGACGCGCCCACCCCCAACGCAUUACUCAUGCAAAUUAACGCACCCAGUCCCGUCACACGCCAGUUUUUCCCACUCCAACACCCUCAAAUCUCUUCUUCCUCUUCUUCUCCUUCUCCAACUACUGCUUCUACCUUCCCUCAGGCUCACUGGGUUGGGGUCAAAUUUGGGCAUCCCGAUCCUUUUGCCGCACCCGCUCCUCCUAAUUCCAUCAAGUCCACCGAGAUUUCCCAGCCCAUUAAGAAGAGUCGCCGCGGACCCAGGUCCCGUAGCUCUCAGUACCGUGGCGUCACUUUCUACCGGAGAACCGGCCGUUGGGAGUCACAUAUUUGGGAUUGUGGAAAGCAGGUUUAUCUGGGUGGAUUCGACACGGCACAUGCAGCUGCUCGUGCUUACGAUAGAGCGGCCAUUAAAUUCCGCGGAGUGGAAGCGGACAUAAACUUCAGCAUCGAAGAUUACGAGGAGGAUUUAAAACAGAUGGGAAAUCUAACGAAGGAGGAAUUUGUGCAUGUACUGCGCCGACAGAGCACUGGGUUUCCCAGAGGAAGCUCCAAGUAUAGAGGCGUAACGCUUCACAAGUGCGGAAGAUGGGAGGCCAGAAUGGGCCAAUUUCUUGGCAAAAAGUAUGUGUAUUUGGGUUUGUUUGAUACGGAAAUUGAAGCUGCAAGGGCUUAUGAUAAAGCUGCAAUCAAGUGUAAUGGCAAGGAAGCUGUCACUAAUUUCGAUCCCAGCAUCUAUCAGAAUGAACUGAAUCCUAUAACUGAUUCAACCGCCAAUUUGGGAGAUCACAGUCUUGAUUUGAGUUUGGGAAAUUCAAGCUCAAACCAAAACGACACCCCAAAGCCUUCCAUAGAUCCCCACCAUUCUUCUUCUUCUUCAGCUCCUCUAUCCAUGGAAGACGACUGGCAACGCACUCAUGGAUUUAGGCGUCCUCAGCUAAAUUUGGUAGAAGAAUCAAGUGGAGCAGGUGGAAAUAAACAUUUGAAGGCGGCAGAGGGAAGAAAUAAUAGGUACCUGGAGAGUGAAACGAUGCAGCGUCUAAGCCAAACGCACAUUCAAUCUCCAGCUUCAUUUGAAAUGCAAAGACACGCCCAAUUCAGCCGGCAGGUGGCGGGUGGGGAUCACAAUCACAAUCACAAUCACAAUCCAACCCUCAAUUAUCAAAUUCAGUUUGGGGGCAGCAGUAAUGGUGGAGGAGGGCGAAUAGGAAGCGAUCUAUCACUGUCUCUAAAUGAUCAUAAUCAAGUUGUCGAUUGUUCGGGGCCAUCUCAAGCUCUUGCAACUGCUGCAGCAUCAUCAGGAUUCGCACCCCCUUCCAAAAAUUGGCUGCACAACAAUGGGUUUCACUGUCUUAUGAGACCCUCCUGACAUCUUCAUUUUUUUUUUUUUUUUUUUUUCCCUUUUUUUUAUUCA